CGAUUCUCAACACAUCACCAAGCAGCUUCUACAAUGGCUCUCAUCGUCGACAAACACCGACCGCGGUCUCUGGACUCCCUCACAUAUCACCAUGAGCUAUCGAGUCGACUGCAAUCUCUCGCCCAGAGCGGCGACUUUCCUCACCUCCUCGUCUACGGUCCCUCAGGCGCAGGAAAGAAGACUCGGAUAGUAGCCACACUGAAGGAGCUUUACGGCCCAGGUGUGGAGAAGAUCAAGAUCGAUGCCCGAGUAUUCCAGACGACGAGCAAUCGAAAGCUCGAGUUCAACAUUGUCGCCUCCAUUUACCACCUCGAGAUCACGCCCUCCGACGUCGGUAACUACGACAGAGUAGUCGUUCAAGACUUGUUGAAGGAGGUGGCGCAAACACAGCAGGUUGAUCAGUCAGCGAAGCAGCGGUUCAAGGUUGUGGUAAUCAACGAAGCAGACCACCUCACUCGAGACGCGCAGGCGGCUCUGCGACGAACAAUGGAAAAGUACUCGCCAAACCUGCGCCUGAUUCUCUUGGCGAACUCAACAGCCAACAUCAUUGCACCGAUUCGCUCGAGAACCCUUCUAGUCAGGGUGGCAGCGCCGACCCACGAGGAAAUCUGUGACGUGCUAGCCGUGUCGGCCAAGAAGGAGGGCUGGCCCGUCGUCAAGGGCCUGCACCAGCGAAUAGCGGAGGAGAGCGGACGGAACCUGCGGCGAGCCCUCCUCAUGUACGAGGCUGUACAUGCCCAAAAUGAGAAGGUUACAGACAGCACGCCCAUCCCGCCGGCAGACUGGGAGGCCCUCAUCGGACAGAUUGCGAAGGAGAUUUUGGAGGAGCACACACCAGCCAGGAUCCUGCAGGUCCGGUCAAAGCUGUACGAUCUUUUGACACACUGCAUUCCCCCCACCACCAUCCUCAAGACCCUGGCCUUCAAGCUGAUUGCUCUUAUCGACGACGGUUUGAAGGGCGAGGUGAUUCAGUGGGCAGCUUUCUACGAGCAUCGGAUCAAGACGGGAACCAAGGUCAUCUUUCAUCUGGAGGCGUUUGUGGCAAAGUUCAUGAGAAUCGUGGAGAUGUAUCUGAUGAGCAUGGACAUGUAA